AUGAGCAAAGCACCAAGCGCCGACCCGAACCCGCUCCAGGUGGCCGCCGGCGGAGGGACCGUCAAGUUUCGCCUGAAGAACCCGGACACCAAGGGAUUUCUCUAUCACAUCGAGAUCGCCGACCCGGCCAACUGGCAGAUCGCGAUGCCUCCGUUCGGGACCCUUCCGAUGGGCGACGGCAAGUUCGUGGAGGUGACGAAAAAGGCGGGACCCGCCUGCGAGUCGAAGGUCUCCUUCAAGUUCUACAAGGAGGUCAAGUCCGGCCAAGACUUUGACCUCGACGCCCUGCUCAAGUCGCCGCCCUUGCACCAGUUUGAGCUGAAGCUGAUCGCGAAG